AUUACAUUUGUACAAUUUGCACAUUUGUAUUCCUUGUUAGCUAAUUAGCUCGGGCAAAAUGUAUCUGUCUUGCGUUUCCUGUCACUUUAACAGCUAGUCUAGUUAGGCUGGAGUUAGUCUACAGUACUAGGUGGUGUAGUCUAGUGUUAGAUAGCUCUAGCUAACUAGCUGUAUGCCGUUGACUAACGUUAGGCUAUCUACAGCUAGGUAACUGGCCGUAUGUUAAAGGAAAUAGCUAGUAUCGCCAUGCAUUACUGAUGCGAGCUGGCGACCUUCUGGUUUUAUUUUCCAUUUAGGCUACUUGGCAAACGUUAGACAGCCGCAGUAGCGUCUUUGGCGAAGGAGCAAAAUUGUCUGUAAUUUGGAUUAGCCUAGCCUAUAUCUUUCUGCGCUAACGGGCUAGCAUUCCGCAGCUCAGAUAGGGCCAUUCUAGCUGACGUCAGAACAGCACUCCCGAGGUAGCUGGUGGCUGAAGUCUGGUCACGAUUGGAACUGUCGUCAGUCCUCAUCAGUAUUUUUCUCAUUUAGGCCCCAGGGUAAUUUACAAUGGGGACAAUCAGCAGAAGUCUUGGAUGUCAAACUGAGCAAUGACAAAACACUCAUGCAGGUGCUGAGUGCUGUUUCUGAGUGACAGCCGUGCGUGUGGAACUGGGAGGGGCCACAGACUGAGCCACCGGAGACGCUGUCACGGUUUCCACGGGAGACCACAGAGCGUGGGAACCGUGCUGGGGGACGCGUCCCGGGAUGCAGAAGGCAGCCGAACGGUGGCGGGCGGAUCCUUCCGGAACACGCAGCUCCCAGCGCCAUACCGCCGCACCACACCCCCGGGGACUUCCUGUGUGAGCACCUGCCCUGAGACCCUAAGCCCCGCCCCCCCCCACUGCGUGUCUGGCUCGUUCCAAAAUGGAGCACAGGGACGGAGUGCCCGUCAUAACAGCCGGCGACAUCAAAGUGGAGGCGGACGAAUGUAGGCCGUUUCGCUUGGACGGUGCCGGCGAAUGUGGCGACAGCGGCGAGAAGGCGGGCUGUGCGUCUCGCCGGCUUCGCCCAAUCAAAGCCGAGGCCGGCCGGGCGGACGAUUCCGCGCGCGGGAGGCGCUGCCGGGCCGCGGUGAAACCGGAGGCAGCCGAACCGGCCGACCGCGUGAAGCCCGAGAGGGCCCGGGCAGUGCAUCCUGGGAAACUGAGUCCGUGCGACCCGGCGGGACGGAAGUGGCUCUGCCUGCAGUGCAACCGGACCUUCAGCAAGGAGAGGUUUCUGAAGACGCACUGGAAAGUUCACCUGGGAACGAGAUUUCUGGCGAAAAGGAAACCGCACACUUGCGGCGAAUGCAAGAAGAGCUUCACGCGUCUGGGGAACCUGACGGCGCACAAGCGCCUCCACGCGGGCGACAGGCCUUACCCCUGCGGGGAGUGCGACAAGCGUUUCAGUCGGCUGGGAAACCUAAAAACCCAUCAGCGAGUUCACAAGGGCGAGAGACCGUACCGGUGCGUGGAGUGCGGAAGGCUCUUCAGCAACUUGGCACGCAUGAGGGAACACAAGAGAAUACAUACGGGAGAAAAACCGCACACUUGCGCCGCGUGCGGCAAGAGUUUCAGACUCCCGGCACUGUUAAAGGAGCAUGAGCGGAUACACACGGGGGAGAAACCCCACUCUUGCCGUGACUGUGGGAAGCGCUUCAGGCAGCGGACGACUCUGAAACAGCACCGGCGGAUUCAUUCGGGAGAGAAACCGCUCGCUUGCGGCGAGUGUGGGAAGCGUUUCCGGCAGUCGGGAAGCUUACAGAAUCACCGGACGACCCACAAGCUGGAGAAACCGCACCCUUGCGCGGACUGUGGGAAAAGCUUUAGUCGCGCUGGGAGCUUAAAGGAACACCGACGAGUGCACACGGGGGAGAAACCGUACUUCUGUUCUGAAUGCGGAAACAGUUUCAGCCAUUCGGGACACCUGAAACAACAUCAGCUGAUACACACGGGAGAGAAACCGUACUCUUGCUCCGAAUGCGGAAGCAGCUUCAGAAAACUAGAGUACUUGAAAGAGCACAACAGACUUCACACGGGAGAGAAACCGUACACCUGCUCUGCGUGCGGGAAGAGUUUCAGGGUGUCGAAGAAGUACAAGGAGCACCAGCGCAUUCACUCCGGGGAAAAACCGUACAGUUGCAAAGACUGCGGGAGGAGCUUCAGGCGGCUGGGACCCAUGAAAGAUCACCAGCAGAUGCACACGGGAGAGAGACCGCACCGCUGCGCCGACUGUGGGCGGGGCUUCAGGCUAGCCCGGAGCCUGAGGCGACACCAGCGGGUUCACGCCAAGCAGCGCAAGCCUCGUUCUGGCGACUAGGUCAGUCCUGAGACGACGAGGCCUCGUACCCGGUGAAGACGCCCUGCAGCUUGUGCGAGGUGGAGACGCCCUGCAGCGUGUGCGCGGUGAAGACGCCCUGCAGCUUGUGCGAGGUGGAGACGCCCUGCAGCUUGUGCGAGGUGGAGACGCCCUGCAGCUUGUGCACGGUGAAGACGCCCUGCAGCUUGUGCACGGUGAAGACGCUGCUCCUGCUAGCUGUGUGUGGAGCGGCUGGGCUCACACAGCGCUGUAGUGCUUGUGUGUGUCCUUACGAGUGCAUUUCUGCUCAGCUCAGAUGUGCCUGGGGCCGGAGUCAGGCAUGAGUCUGAGAGACUUUCAUUCGUUUAGAUGCUGGUAGGUCCAGGAGAAUUUUCAAGAAAAUUGUCAUUUACCACCAUGUAAAACUCAUGUAAUACGAUAAGAAGUGUGUAUAUAUAUUUUGUCAAUAUUGGUGAAAGUGUUUGUUAGAAAAUUAGAAUUAUUUUUUUAUUUGCUGUAUUUUACUAGGGUCUAAAGAGUUUUAAGUAUUGUAGAUGAAGCAUUUGAUUUGUCUGGUGCUGGCGCUGCUUUAUGAUUUAUGAUGCCGUUUGGGCCAUUCUCAGUGGUAAAUGAGCAGAGAGAAACGGCUUCCCUGGAGAAACGCGUGCUCUGGCUCACAGUCUGCUCUGGCCUCUCAGUGACGUACCUGUUGCAUGAGCAGGUUUUCUCUGACGGAUGAGCCUCUCAGUGACGUACCUGUUGCAUGAGCAGGUAUCUCUGACGGAUGAGCCUCUCAGUGACGUACCUGUUGCAUGAGCAGGUCAUCUCUGACGGAUGAGCCUCUCAGUGACGUACCUGUUGCAUGAGCAGGUAUCUCUGACGGAUGAGCCUCUCAGUGACGUACCUGUUGCAUGAGCAGGUUUUCUCUGACGGAUGAGCCUCUCAGUGACGUACCUGUUGCAUGAGCAGGUAUCUCUGACGGAUGAGCCUCUCAGUGACUCACCUGUUGCAUGAGCAGGUUUUCUCUGUCCGAGGAGCCUCUCAGUGACGUACCUGUUGCAUGAGCAGGUCAUCUCUGACGGAUGAGCCUCUCAGUGACUCACCUGUUGCAUGAGCAGGUCAUCUCUGACUGAGGAGCAUCUGUGACGUACCUGUUGCGUGAGCAGGUCAUCUCUGACGGAUGAGCCUCUCAGUGACUCACCUGUUGCAUGAGCAGGUCAUCUCUGACGGAUGAGCCUCUCAGUGACUCACCUGUUGCAUGAGCAGGUCAUCUCUGACGGAUGAGCCUCUCAGUGAGGUACCUGUUGCGUGAGCAGGUCAUCUCUGACGGAUGAGCCUCUCAGUGACGUACCUGUUGCAUGAGCAGGUUUUCUCUGACGGAUGAGCCUCUCAGUGACGUACCUGUUGCAUGAGCAGGUUUUCUCUGACGGAUGAGCCUCUCAGUGACUCACCUGUUGCAUGAGCAGGUUUUCUCUGACGGAUGAGCCUCUCAGUGACGUACCUGUUGCAUGAGCAGGUCAUCUCUGACGGAUGAGCCUCUCAGUGACGUACCUGUUGCAUGAGCAGGUCAUCUCUGACGGAUGACCCUCUCAGUGACGUACCUGUUGCAUGAGCAGGUCAUCUCUGACGGAUGAGCCUCUCAGUGACGUACCUGUUGCGUGAGCAGGUAUCUCUGACGGAUGAGCCUCUCAGUGAGGUACCUGUUGCGUGAGCAGGUCAUCUCUGACCGAGGAGCAGUGUAGCCGCCAUGGGGAGUACCGGUAAACAAGUUUGAGUUCUUAUUUUUCGUGCGUUUCAGUUUCUGGCACGCUUGGAAUGAUGACAGGUAUAUAUAUAAAAAAAAUAAUAAUAAUAAAUGAACAAAAUUAGAGAGCUGUGGGGUCUGCCGGCUUUUGUGGUCACCUGAGAAACAACGACCAGUUUUAACUCAGGUGAGUGGUCCAGCGAAGUUUAUGGAGUUGUCAAGAAAAACAAAAAAAAAACAAAACCAAAACUAAGGUAACUGGUUGGAACAAAAACCAGCACGUAGACUGGCCCUUCAGGACUGGAGUUGUGCACGCCUGUUAUACAGCAAUGCUGUUGCAGUUUGCCUUGUUUGGGAUUGCGGAGUUUGUUAAUCGACUGUAAUGUGUUUCCAGUGUAAAUUGUACUUUUUUUUUUACCGUAUAAUAAAUAGUCUGCAUUGA